UCACUCUACUUUGUUCCACCAUCAAAGUCGUCUACCUCGACCGCCAACAACUUCUCGCCGUACCACUUAUUAUGCGUUGUUGCACUUCUUUUUGGACUCAGUUCUUAGCGGCAUAGAAUAUACGACUGUGGACAGACAAACAUGGGUAUUCACGGGGGUGAUAACGACCUCAUCGACUUCGACAUCUUGGAAACACACAAAGAGAACAUCCAACAACUACCUGGAGGGCGAUCAGCGAAACAACUUGCCUCUGUCCUCUCACCCCUCUCUCUAGCCAAUCCCGGAAGCAAGACAAAAUCUGCUUCUCCCACUCUUGACGAAACAAAGACAUUGAACGAUGCGAUCCGACAAGAAUACGAAGUCGAAUUACAAUCAAUAGCCGACUCGGAUGAUCCUUUGGACAUUUACGACCGAUACGUGAAAUGGACACUCAAUGCCUAUCCUUCAGCGCAGGCGACGCCACAAUCUCAACUUCUUCCUCUCCUUGAGCGUGCGACCAAGGCGUUUCUUACAUCGUCACAUUAUAAGAACGACCCUCGAUACCUGAAGCUAUGGCUACAUUACAUUCGUCUGUUUUCAGACAGCCCUCGAGAAACAUUUGCUUUUCUGGCACGUCACAAUAUUGGCGAUGGACUGGGCCUGUUCUAUGAAGAAUUCGCAACUUGGUUGGAAGCCGCUGAAAGAUGGAGUCAGGCAGACGAGGUGUACCAGUUGGGCAUUCAGCGCGAGGCGAGACCCGCUGAACGUCUGAUGAGAAAAUAUACUCAAUUCCAACAAAGAUAUAAUGCUCGUCCACAGAACGGCAAUGGACCUAGCUCGCCGGCAUUACCAACUGUGCGAGCGGCUUUGGCAGCCAAACAUGAUCCUUUCGCCGCGGCGACCCAUGAAGAGCCAUCGCAGCAACAGCAACAGCGCCAACAAGCAACCGCCACAGGCGCGACUUCAAGAUCAGGGAAGCCUAAGAUGGCCAUCUUCUCUGACGCGGACAGCGCGCCGCCUCCAGCCCUAAGCGGUUCUGACAUGGGAGCCAGCAAAGGAUGGGAUAGCAUUGAAUCGAUGAAAGAGCGCAAAAAGGAAAACACGAUUGAACCUCGAGCCUGGGCUGGAGAGACAUUGAAGGGAGGCAAGAAAGUGGGAACAGCGCCAAAGAUGGAGAUUUUCAAAGACCCGUCUUCUCGAGAUGUCAAUGUAUCACAUUCCAAGAAAAGUGCAGCAUCACAACAAUCACAAUCACAAUCACAGUCGGGAAAUUCUAGGCAACCCAGUGACAUAGUCAAUCCUCGCACCGGACGAACCGAACGUGUAUUCGUGAAUAUGGAUUCGGUGUAUCCUCCUGGAGGCAGAGUCGAAUACAGUUUUGAAGAGUUGCGGGCUCAGCAUCGAGGAUGGAUGAGCAGAGAUUGGAGAAAGACAGAGGAUGAAGCGCCUUGUUCGAAUAUCUUGACUGAACGUGUGGGUAAUCUGAAUUUGGACGAACAGGCUCGGAACUCGGAAUCACAGCCAGCCAAGUCAACUGAAGCGGAAGACGUUGAGAAUCUAAGCCAUUCAUUCCAGCAAGCGCUUGACCUCAAUGCCACGAACAACACGCUGUGUAUCAACGACACGUCGACACAAUCAAUGGUUGGGAUGCCGGAAUCCCAAUCAAGCACCGAAGGAGCCAAGCAGAAGCGAGUCAAGGUUCGAGAAGUGAAGCAAGAGCCACGAACGGUGAAGACUCGCCUUGAGUCGCCCACGGGCAAGAAACUCAAGCGAAAGAAUUCCGCUCAUGCAGAGCCAACCAUGACUUUCCAUUCCAAGGCCGCGACGAACGAGAUUUACGACAUGUUCAAUCAGCCUUUGCGUAAACCAGUGGUGGAGCGAGAUGACACCCAGAGUGGUGAUGAUGGUGACUUCACUGAGGGUGAUAUUGAAGAUGGAUAUAGCACCGCGGGUGAUGGUGAGAGCACAGGGACAGGUCACAUAUCUGGUACUGGAAGUGAAUUCGGUGAAGAUACCUCGUCCGCUCUCAAUAGUCAGAGCCAGCCUGAAAGUGUUUCACCCUGGUCUGAUUUCACCGCGAGCAAACACGUGCCGCCAGUCGACCUCAAAUUUUCUGGCAAGGCUGCUGCUGCUACUGCCAAGAAAUCCACCCGCAAAACACCUUCACGACGACGACGCCAAAUGAGCGAAGAUCUGACUGAGACUGUUGACUCGAUGGGUCAUACUCAAUCAGACAUGGAUGGGUUCGACACCCAAGCCAUUGCCAAUAUUGCCAACGCCGACUUUGGUGACAUGGAUACCAAGGCCAUCGCUAUGAUUGCCGGAGAUGUUGGCGAUUCGAGCGAAGAGGAGGCGGAUGAAGACAAAGAGGAAGACGAUGAUGAUGAUGAUGAAUAUGAAGAGGAGGAUCAAACACAAUGCAGUGGCCCAAGCUCACCCGCAAAUGUCAGAGACAAUGACGAAGACCACAAAGACGCAACUGCAGAUCUCCCGAACGAUGGCCCUCUCACAACACCGGUGGAUGAACUGUUCCCAGGACAUUGGGAAGUUCAGAACGCACCUCGAUUUGUCCCUAUUCCCCCGGAGGACUAUGAGCCCACUCCUGUCCGUCCCUUUCGCGACUCGGGUAUUCCUGCCCACAAACUGCCCUUCAUGACGCCCAUUGUCGAACGGACCGAAAGUUCUCUUGCGCCGUCGACUGUGUUCCAAGACCCAGAAUACUUUGCAUCCAAGACACCCAGUCGAAGAUCGCAGGCCAAGUACGACAGUCCAUCGAAACUCAAUGUGGAGGAUCUUCUGCUCAGUAGUCCACAACGCGAAGACGGUACGCCCUCAUCGUCUGCUAAGAGAAAGCUCAGAGAGACGGGUGCCUCGGAGGUUGAGAUCUUGACUUCUUCACCUCAGAAGAAACCUUUUGGUAGGGUAAAAUGCUCACCUGCCAAGUCAGGUAUCGAACUCCUCCCAGGCUUCGAUUCUGAUCUUUCCUCCUCCAGAAGACUGCAUGGCGUUGCGGCGUCGCCCGCAAAACUCAUCCCACAGCCUGCACAAAUUCACAAAGGGCCAGUCAUUUUAGAUCUGCAGUGCAAUCCUUGUGAUGACGCAGUUCGGCAACAGAUUCUCACCACAGUCCAUCCACCAAUUGUGUCGUACGCUGGAUACAUGGACAAUUCUGCACAGUCAUAUGGCCAAUAUGCGACACUCAAAGGGUUUGCUGAGAAAGCAACAAAGGCGAAGGGAAAGGGCAGUCCACGCAAGAGUGUCAGUGACAAAGCAGCAACGAAGGCUGUGCCGCCGAUCUUGAAGUUUGCAGGCACGGAUCGCGUGUACGCAGUCAAACGGCAACUUGGAGAAGGUGCUUUCGCACCAGUGUAUCUAGUCGACAGCUAUGAUCCGAGCGAAGCGGCUGAUCCAGAUCAAGACAAGGAAAACGCAGGCUCCUCGGCGCCGAGGUCAACGUCCGAAAGAAGUGCUCUCGAAGCACUCAAGAGCGAGUCGCCGCCAGGAACUCUGGUAUGGGAAUUCCACAUCUUGCGCACAAUUCGACAACGCUUGGGGCGUGCAUCGCGCACCAUGCAAUCAAUUGUCUUGGCUCACGAGUGUCAUCUUUAUCGAGACGAAGCUUACUUGGUCCUGUCAUACAGCCCUCAAGGAACGUUGCUUGACCUGGUCAACCUGGCUCGGAGUGAGAAUGUCAAGGCUGGUAAACUGGCCGAAGGGUUGGACGAGACGCUUGCCAUGUUCUUUUCAAUCGAGUUGCUCAAAGUUUUGGAAGACAUUCACCGCAUUGGAAUCUUGCACGGAGACUUGAAGGGAGACAAUUGUCUGGUCCGCCUGGACACAAGUGUGGAUGUUACGAGCUGUUUCGAUCCUGUAGGUGCCAACGGCUGGAGUUCCAAAGGCCUGACCUUGAUCGACUUUGGACGGGGUAUUGACACGCGAAUGUUCAAGCCGCAGGCGCAGUUCAUCGCAGACUGGGCAUCGAGCGCACAGGACUGUGCAGAAAUCAGAGAAUGUCGGCCAUGGAAAUACCAGAUCGAUUACCACGGAGCGGCGGGAGUGAUCCACAGUCUGCUCUUCGGCAAGUACAUCGAGACGGUCCCUGCAGCUGGAGGAGGGCUUGCUCAGAAGAAGGAAUGGAAGUUGAAAGACAACCUGAAGCGAUACUGGGAGAAGGAUGUGUGGAGUGAUUGUUUUGCCACGCUGCUGAAUCCAGGUAGUGUGGAGGACGGCGAAGAGAUGCCAAUCCAGGGUAACUUGAAAAGAGUGCGAGUCAGGAUGGAGCAAUGGCUGAGGGAUGAAGGUGAGAGAGGAGGUCGUGAUCUUCGGGGAUCGUUGAGGAGGAUGGAGAGGUUGGUGGCGGCGAAAUGAGUCGUCUGUCAUGUGCAGAAGGAGCGAAAGGAGGCCUGUUUGUCUCGUUUGGUAGUUUUCAAGCAUGGCGCUGGCGGCGUUUUUGUUGUUGGGAAGGAGACCUACCAGUACUGGACGGGGCUGAUCUGGUCAGGUCAGAUCUGGUACACUGGCA